GGGCAUGGAAGUUGAGAGCCAAAGAGGGGAGGGGAAAGCGUUGUGGGCAAAGGGCUGGAAAGAGCUAUCAGCUGGAACAGGGCCGGAACUUGUAGGCUUUGUAGGAUAUUGCAUCUUAUUCUAAGAACAGUGGCAAGCCCUGAGGAGUUAAAAACUCGUUAAUUAAAAAUUUUAAGAUUUGUAUUUCAAAAAAAGCUCGGUUGUAGUGAAUGAAGUGGGAGGAGCCAGAGCGAAGACGAGUUGUGUGUGGGUGGGGCAGGCAAGGUGGCAGCAGGGGUGGAGAGGGAGUCAGGACAUGUUUCGGAGAUGGUGUGGGGCGCGGAGGGCUGUGAGGCCAUGGUGGGAGGGAGGAAAAAAGUGUUGGGGAUGACUGCUGUGUGUCUGGCAUGAGGAACUUGGAGGCUAGAAUUGCCGUUUGUCAAAAUGGAGAAUGGAGGAGGGGCAGGCAAGGUUUGAGAUGCUUGAGGGAUGUGCAGGAGGGACACUUGCAUUCCUGAGGCCGAGCUCAGAGAGGGGCUGAGCUAGGCAUUUGAGAGUCAUGGAUGUCAGGAUGGCAUUCCACGCUUUCUACCUGGGUUUCAUCAAGGUACUCGGACACUGGAGUGAGGUAUGAGCUUGUGAAGAGAGUUCCGGACCCUGGGUGGGCUGGCACAGUCUCGGGGCCAAGUGCAGGGGCUGCUGGGGGACCUACCAGUGUGUCAUAUGUCUUUUCUCUGCUCAGACCUUGUGCUUUCUUCCAGAUCCUGCCCACCAUGGCCAGGCGCCCACGGAGCAGCAGAGCGUGGCAUUUUGUCCUGAGCGCAGCUCGCCGAGAUGCGGAUGCCCGGGCCGUGGCUCUGGCAGGGUCCACCAACUGGGGCUAUGACUCUGAUGGGCAGCACAGCGACUCAGAUUCCGACCCCGAGUAUGCAUCUCUGCCGUCAUCCAUCCCCAGCGCCGUGCCUGUGACCGGGGAGUCCUUCUGUGACUGUGACAGUCAGAGUGAGGCCUUCUGCGGCAGCCUGCACGCCGCCCACCGGGGCAGGGACUGCCGCUGCGGGGAAGAGGACGAGUAUUUUGACUGGGUUUGGGAUGACCUGAAUAAGUCCUCAGCCACUCUGCUGAGCUGUGACAACCGGAAGGUCAACUUCCACAUGGAGUACAGCUGUGGCACAGCGGCCAUCCGGGGUACCAAGGAGCUGGGGGAGGGCCAGCACUUCUGGGAGAUCAAGAUGACCUCACCCGUCUAUGGCACUGACAUGAUGGUGGGCAUCGGGACAUCGGACGUGGACCUGGACAAGUACCACCACACGUUCUGCAGCCUGCUCGGCCGGGACGAGGACAGCUGGGGCCUCUCCUACACGGGCCUCCUCCACCACAAGGGCGACAAGACGAGCUUCUCCUCCCGGUUCGGCCAGGGCUCCAUCAUUGGCGUGCACCUGGACACCUGGCAUGGGACGCUGACCUUUUUUAAGAACAGGAAGUGCAUAGGAGUGGCAGCCACCAAGCUGCAGAACAAGAGGUUCUACCCGAUGGUGUGCUCCACGGCGGCCAAGAGCAGCAUGAAGGUGAUCCGCUCCUGUGCCAGCAUCACCUCCCUGCAGUACCUGUGCUGCUACCGCCUGCGCCAGCUGCGGCCCGACUCUGGGGACACGCUCGAGGGCCUGCCCCUGCCGCCUGGCCUCAAGCAGGUGCUGCACCACAAGCUAGGCUGGGUCCUGAGCAUGAGCUGCGGCCACCGCAAGCCUCCCGUGCCCUCGCCCACGGCCAAUCCCAGCAGCCCCGAGACCCGACGCUGCCAGAGGAAGCGCUGCCGAAGGACCUAGCUUGUUUCCCAGUGAAAACUGCCUUCUACAGCUGGGAUGGCGUUUUCUCUGUUUCUCCCUUUGGACCACCCUCCAGGGCAACAGGAGAGGGAGGACUGAACCAAGGUUUGUCUCAGCUGCCCCCCUGCCAUCCGAGGCUGGGAGAGGCCUUGCUACAGGGGCUCUGGGGCCAUUAUCCCUGUGGUCCGGAGACCCAGACUUCCUAGUCUGUCUGCUUCCUGUGCCGGGUGUGGGAGCAGCCACUUUCCUUCUGAGUCUCUGGGGAGCUGCUGCCCCAGCAUGUCUGGACUCAGGCUGCAGGCCUGGGAGGCUGGUCUGCUACCUGUGA